AUGGCCCUGCCUUACCAGCCUUCCCAGAGUACAGACCCUAUGAGUUUUACUCAGAAGCCAAAGCUGAUGCUAACCUGUAAGGAGCAGGGGCAGGCCCUGGGCCUGAGCCUGUUCAUAUGCCCCAAUUCUGGAGGGUCCUCCUGGACCCAGGAGUGGACCCUGACUGCGGUGAAGUCAGAUGGGAUGCAGCAGUGGCUUGUUGGCGAUGUGAUCCUGUGCUUUGAGAAGAGGGGCUUCAAGCCGGCCAUGGUCUGGGAAGGCCUCGACGUGGUCUGGUCCUCAAGGGCCCUGAUAGGACACAGUGACUCAGCAGAGACUGCCCCCGACACCAUCAGAGGGGACUUCAGCAUCCACAUCAGCCACACCAGUGACUCCAUGGAGGGGGCCCAGACGGAGAUCCAGCUAUGGUUCCAGAGCAGUGAGCUGGUGGAUUGGGCAGACGAAGGCAACCAAAGCAGCAUUUACCCAGCCUGA